CUGAACGCGUCGUGCGAUCCAUGGCCGUACUUAUUCCCGUGGCGCGCGUUGGAACCUGGGGAGACACUCUCAACCGACGAGCUCUUAGCCACCGCCGCAUUUGGCGGCGCAAACCGCGGAGCAUUGCUCACUCCAGCGGGUGCGACACUGGUGGAAGCCGUGGCCGCGACAGCAGAAGUAACGGCAUCGCCUGCUGACGUGACAAUAGCGGAUGGGGUCACGGGAGUCACGGACACUCUUCUGGCAGCUGACGGGUCCCGUUUUCUACAGCUGACUUCCGAUUUUUCCGCGUCGUCUAGUGGCGACGGUGCUUCUGGUAGUAGCAAUGAUAGUACUAACAAUAGCAGUAGCGCGUUUGGCAGCCCAGGCGUGACGCAAGCGCUGUGCGAACUCAAACCCGCCGCAUCGCCGACCAGCAACGAGUCACAGCAGGCGCAGCAGCAGCAGCAGUCCCCGCGCCAGCUGUCGCUCUCGUUCUUUGCGCGCGCCAGCCUGUGCGCGGAGGGGGAAGGGGGCGCGGAAGGGGAGGCGGGGCGGCUGCUGAGGGUGCUGCUGCUGGCAGUUCCGCUGAACGCCUCCGCCGCCGCCACAGCAGGGGGAGAUGCAGCUGCUGGGGGAGGGGCGGGGGAAGGAGGAGCGGGGGAGCAGGUGUGGGCAGAGUGGCGGGUGGGUGUGCCGUAUUCCUCCUCCUCUUCUUCCUCCGCCUCCUCUCCUUCCUCGCUGGUAGUGCCCCCAGGGGGAGUGGCGCUGCACUUGGUGAUUCGAGGUGUGCAAGACAGUAACAGCAGCAGUAACAGCACGAGCGGCACUGCCACCGUUACCACCACCAGCGGUAUUGCCACCGCCACAAGCAGCGUAGCUGCCAGCGGCAGUGAGAGCAGUAGCAUCGGCGCCACCAGCGCCACUGUUGCUGCGAGUAUGGGAGGAGGAGGAGCAGGAGAGGGAGCGGGAGUGAAGGCGGCGGCGGUAAAGCGAGUGGACGUGGCGUCGGAAGCGGGAGGAGGAGCAGGAGCGGGGAGCACGGCUAUCGACCUUGCGUCUGUCAUGCCUACCCGCAGUGAGUCAGAGAGGCAGAAAUGGUUGGCAGGGUCACAGGUGUGUCACAGGUAUAGUUGGCUGAAAGCAUGCGCUGCACACAUGCUCAACUCCCACUCAAGUGCAUCAUCGAUUUCUCAUUGCACGUCUACUCACAAUCCCACUUCCCGUUCACCUCCUCCCUCCCUUCCGCCCCACUCCCCAUCCCUGUCACUGCCCUGCAGCCGACCCCUCCCCUCUCAAGUCCUCCUCCCAAUGGCUCUCCAACACCCAAGACUCACUCAUUCCCCCUCCCUUCCCCAUCCCCUCCUCUCCCCCCUGCCGCCCUUCCCCCCCACUCCCCAUCCCUGUCACUGCCCUGCAGCCGACCCCUCCCCACUCAAGUCAUUCUCCCACUGGCCGCUCUCCAGCGCGCACCCGCUCAUCACAGCCGGCUCAGCUCGCCGCAAUUCAUCCUCCCUCUCCCUCACCUCACUCUCCGACUUCAAUUCUGCCUCCCUCGCGCUGCACCCUGCCCCCUUCGCCCUGCUCGCCCCCGCCACGCCCGCCUCCCCCUGCCGCCCCUUCUCCUUCUCCACCUCCUUCACCUUCCGCAUCUCCUCCCCCAAUGCCGCCGGGCUGGGCGGCGAGGGCUUGGCGUUUGUGAUGCUGCCAACGCCUACGCUCGGCCUGCCGGGGCCCUCCCUGGGCUACGGCCGUGUGCUGCUGCCCCCGGGGAGUACAGCUGGUGCUGAUAAUUCCAGUUCCAGCAGUGGCGUGUCAUCUCAGCAGCACAGGAGCCUCGCGGUGGAGUUCGACACAUCUAAAUCUCUCAAGCACUUCUCCCUCCCCUCCCUCUACCAUCCACAGCAGCACAGGAGCCUGGCAGUGGAGUUUGACACAUCGGCCUCCCUGGAGUUCUGGGACCGCCCCGACCACCACGUGGGGGUGAACCUGCACGGCAGCAUGCUCUCUCUCGCCUCUGCCCCCGUGCACCCCCUCGGCAUUCCCGCCCUCAACGCCGGCCAGACCCUCCUCGCCACCAUCCACUACAACGCCUCCUCCUCCCACCUCACCUGGCUCGGCAGGAACGAUCCGGAUGCAGUUUCCCCCCCCCCGCCGCUGUUGGUGGGAUUCACAGCGGCCACGGGCAAGGGGGCGGAGCAGGCUCAGGCACAUGAGGUGCUGGGGUGGGAUUUCCAAGUGGGGGAGGCAGCGGAGGAUCCGCUUCCGUUUUGGGCAGCAGACUCGUUCUCCUUCCCCUACAUCACGCCAGCCACUCCCCUGCUGACACGUGGCAGCACCAGAAAACGCUUCUUCGCCGCAGAUCUCUCUGUCGCUGCUGACCCUGAGGAGGUGUUGCAGAUGAGGGUUGACUAUAACGGGAGGAGCAAGGAGAUGCUGAUCAGAUGGUACCAACCCCCUGUUCUAGUAGGCAGCUUGAACGUCUCUCUUGACCUCUGUGCUGCUCUCACUGGGCCCUCUGCUGCCAGUGGAAGCAGCAGUGGCGGCGGCGGCGGCAAUGGUAGUGGCAGUGGCAGCGGCAGCAGCGGCAGCAGCAGCACCACUACCACCACCACCACCACAAGUGGCAGCAACAGCAGCAGCAGCAGCAGCAGCAGCAGUGACAGCAGUGCAACGGACCUGUCGUCACCAUCCUUUGGCCAGCUGGUCGUUGGGUUCACCAGCGCUGCUCUCCCUCCCCCCCCUGACCGCCUGCCUUCCCCCGUCGCCCUCUCCUCCUGGACCUUCCGAUUCACAGACACCGACCCCUGCAAGGGUUCUCCGGUGCUGCCCUGUGGCAUGGGUGCAUGCACCAAGGCACGUGCCCCGUGGGACCCGUCUAUCCUCGUGCCCUCCUGCAAGUGCCCCUUGAAGCUCCCCUCCUUCCAACCCUCCCACCUCUCCGGCCUGCCCUCCUGCUUCCCUGACUCCUUCACGUGUCGCCAGUUCCCCCGCAACCCAUGUGCCCCGGGGGUGUGCAUUGAUGACGUAGACGGCACCUACUCCUGCCUCUGCCCCUCGCCCUUCUUCCCCUUCUAUUUCUACCCCAAAGGCGCUGCCCGCUGUUACCAGUUGCGAUUGGCUGAGACUCGAAUGCCCACCUUUCUGUCGCCAUACGGCCUCACAUGCGCGCUCAUCCUCAACACAUACGGGCUCACCCAAGCAGACUUCUUCGCCCAAAACAAGGGCUUUCAAUGCCGAGCGCCCAUCCCUGUAGACACUCUGGUCAACGUCACCAGCCGGGCUUUCUCCCAAUGCACUUCCAUGUACACCGCUAAUUAUGGUGACACGUGUGACUCACUCAACGCCCUCUUCUCCACGCAGAUACAGCCGCUCAACCCCGCCCUCACCUGCUCCGCCGACGGGCCCAGGCCCGGCCAGGUGAGCAUCGGUGCAGGUGGGUGCAGGUGGUUGCAGGUGCAGGUGGGUGCAAGUGAGUUAGGUGGAGGUGAGUGUAGGUGGGUGCAAGAGAAGGCAGGUACGGUGUUAACUGAUGCUGCUGCAGUGACAGAUCAUCAGGGCAGCCCCUCUUUAUACAGAAACGGGAGUGUGUUCACACAUUCCUAUUCCCUCUCUCUUCCCACUCCCCCAUUCUCAUCCAUCUCCUCCUUCUCCUCCCCUCUUCCCCCUUCUCCACGUUUUCUUCACACAUUCAUCUCCCCCCUCUCCCCCAUCUUCCUUCUCUCCCUUUCUCCUCCCUCUCCCCCUUUUGCCUCCCUCUCCCCCUUUCUCCUCCCUCUCCCCCUUUCUCCUCCUUCUCUCCCUUUCUCCCCCCUCUCCCCCCUCUCCCCCUCUCUCCCGUUCUCCUCCCUCCCUCCUUCACAGCUCCUCUGCGUAGCCUUCAACCAGACGCCCGCAGAGCUGCCAGCAGCUGUGGCGGGCAUUUGGCGUCGCCUCUCCCUCGCGCUUCUUCCAGAUGAAUCAGGGCCUCUCGUGCGAUGCACUGCUGCCGUACAGCCCCCUGCAGGGCAAUAUGAUGACAAGGGUGAGUUGGGUUGCCUGUGUGCGGUGGGUGGGGGGGCAAGUGGGGAGACGCGCAGUGUUUGCCAUCGCCUUCCCCACGCGCUUCUUCCAGAUGAAUCCCGGCCUCUCGUGCGACUCGCUGCUGCCGCACAGCCCCCUGCAGGGCAACAUGAUGAGUCGGGUGAGUCGGAAAGGUUAUUCAACGCAGUUUCUUUUUCUUCCCCUUCCAUCCUGUUCCUCACUGAUGGUUGA